AUGAUUAUUAGUUAUUACCAGCAAGCAUUAGACGAAGAAAAUGAUAGGAUAAGCCAUCAUACUACGCUUUCAGACACAGCACUGGAAUUUGUAACCGUGAAGCAGGGCGGCAAUCAGCUGAUUAACUGCGGCAACGAUAAGGUCAUCUACAUCCACUCGGCCAACUACACCCAAGGCGAUACGUGCUUUUACAAUGUCCACGUGGCUGUCGACGGUCUCUGCGGGCGCAAGCACUCGUGUGACCUUAAUCCUGCCGCUUAUGGACAGAGCACGUUCUUCACCUACGACUACUACUAUGGAGUCAAAUGCCCCGGCAACGACAAGCAACUUAAUGUGCAGUAUUCCUGCGAAGCUAUUCCCAAGGAAGGUCAGGAGUUUUUCAUGGUUACUCCCGCCAACGAAGAGAUGACCUUAACGUGCAACAACAACCAGCGCCUUUUCAUCCGUCGCGCAUACUACGGAUACGGGGAUCUGUUUGAUGAUGCCACAGUGACCGUGCGUGGUAUCUGCUCAGGACAGCCCGGAUACAAGUGCACCUAUAAGCCGUGGAUCCCGGAAUUCUCCGAUUUUGAUGGAAACUGGGAUUUUGCUGUGGUCUACUAUUACUGCUCAAACGAACUAAAUACCCCAGGGCAGCUGGACUACCUCUACGUGGAGGGCGGUCAGGAAGUGAACCUGUCCUGCUUGGAAGGCCGCAUCCUGGACAUCGAUUUCGCCUAUUACGGUGCCGGCGGAUACCAGGCCGAUGUGGGCGUGGUCGUCAAGAGCAAGUGCCAGAACCACCACAACUGCAACUUCUGGGCCAACAACGACCUCUUCCUCAAUCCCAUCGGCGGCUCCAAGCACUUGACGAUUGGUUAUCAAUGCCGUGCUCGUCGCUGGAAUGAUUUGCAAUACAUCACUAUCGAUCAUGACUACCUGGGCACCAUCGACUGUCACGGACAGUUCAUCAACAUCGUGGAGGCCUUCUACGGAGGCGGCUACAUUCAGGAGGACGUCACGGCUAACCGCUAUUUCGACCGCUGUGAGACUGACUUCCCGGAGCCUUUCCGCAACACCUACUGCGUCCUGGGCGCUCGUGACCUGUACUUCGGUACCGUCGGUGGCGGCCGUUUGACCGUGGGAUAUUUCUGCAGCACCCAUCAGCAUAACGACUACCGUCGCCGCUACCGCCGUUUCCUGUACGGAACCGGGGAGAACCGCGAUUCUACGUAUCCUUACCAAGAGGGAAUGUAUUUCCCGGGUGGGUAUUUUAACGAGCAGGGAUUCAAUAAUUUCGGUUUCACUGGAGUUCAGCAAUAAUCUGGUAUGAAUUAGUUGGCGGAUACUGUUGGCGUUUUGCUAAACCCAAGUUUUAUUGUUAAUGGUAUUGACUUUGAUUAUCGAUUUUUCUAAUGUACCUGUGCAUGGAAUUAUUAUAUCACUGCGUGUAAAUUACGCUCGUGUACAUAAUGCAUGUAAUAAUCCUUUCUUGCAGCUGCAUCUCGGUUCCGUCCAGUUUGUGUUUGGUGUUGCGUUUAAACAAUAAAUAAUAGUAUG